AUGCCCCGCCACGAAGGCAGACUCACAACAUUUUUCUAUACUACCCCCAGCACAAAAGUUAGAUUUGCAGUCGCCAGAGACGAAUUCGACACCAUGGCAGAAAAUAUCUACGAUGAAAUCGAGAUAGAGGAUAUGACCUUCGACCCGGUCAUAGGAAUUUACCACUACCCGUGCCCAUGUGGCGACCGCUUUGAGAUUGCUCUCGAUGACCUUCGCGACGAGGAAGAUAUUGCAGUAUGCCCUAGCUGCAGCCUGAUGAUUCGGGUUAUCUACGAAGUGGUAUGUCAGGACAUCCAACGGUGUAUUUCUGGCGACUGACUUGCGUUGUUUAGGAUGAGCUACCAAAACCAGAGGAACAGAAGACUGCAGAGGCAACGCCUGCCCCCGCAGCCGCUCAAGUCAGAGCAUGA